UCAGCCAACAGUACACAAAGCCUCUGCUCUUACACUGGGAUCAUUGUUGACUUCCUCUCUGCAGUUCUUCACUGGCUGACAGUAUGUGGACGCUGCCUCUUCUCUUCCUCUUCAUUGGCUUACACCUACAGGUAUCCACAUGCUACCAGUCAUGUACCUUGUAUGGCCUCAUAGCUGCUUGCGCCUCACAGCAACAUCACUGGGUUCCUGUCUUGCCUCCCAGCAUCACCCACCUCUACCUGGAAAUGAAUUUCAUCAGUGAGAUCAACAGCACGUCACUCAGAGCCUACAACCAGCUCCAAGAGUUAGAUCUGGGAAGGCAAUACGUGCCUCUCAUCAUCAGGAACAACUCUUUCCUCAGCCAGGGAAAGCUGAAACGGUUGGUUCUGGGAUUCAACCACUACCUCAGGCUUGAGCCCAGGGCAUUUGCAGGACUGUACAGGUUAGAACACCUGUUUUUGGACUACUGCGAUUUGUCUGACUCCAUUCUUGAGCAGAGGUAUCUGGAGCCUCUCCGGUCCUUAGAAACUCUUGAUCUUUUUGGUAACUUGAUAGAAAAACUUAAACCUGGUCUGUUCUUCCAAAACCUCCCAAACUUCCAACAGCUGAACCUUACACUGAAUCGGAUUGACAGAUUGUGUGAUGACGAUCUAGCUGGUUUCCAGGGGAAACAUUUUGCUUUUCUGAACUUGGGGUCAAAUAAAUUAUUCCAAAAUAACACUGGCAAAUUUGACUGGGAAAGAUGUGGAAACCCAUUUAAAGGGAUAUCCUUUGACAAACUCGACAUAUCUUUAAAUGGGUUCAAUUUGAAUACAUUAAGACAAUUCUUUAAAGCAAUAGCAGGGACUCAGAUUGCUCAUUUGAUAUCGUAUGGAAUGAUUGGCAAAGGUUUCUCACAUAACAAUGUUCCUGACCCAGAUAAAGAUACAUUUAAAGGCCUUAUUAACAGCACAGUUGGGACUUUAGAUCUCUCUGGGAACUAUAUAUUUGCUUUACAGAAGGCUGUUUUCAGCCCUUUAAAAGAUGCAAAAAUAAUCGACAUUUCACGCAACAAAAUCAAUAGAAUAAAUCAAAAUGCCUUUGAUGGCCUUCGAGAUAAUUUACAGUUGCUUAAUCUUUCAUACAACCUCUUAGGAGAAGUAUAUUCUGAUACAUUUGCCAACUUAGCAAGCCUUAGGGUGCUGGAUUUGUCCUACAACCACAUCGGUGCAUUAGGAUACAAAGCCUUCAGGGGUCUCCAUGAUUUACGAGCCUUAUAUCUAACUGGAAACUCACUGAGAAACUUGGGUUUCCCUUCCUCAUUACCAAACUUGAUUUGGCUCCUGUUAAAGGACAAUAAGUUAAAUUUAAUCUAUGGUAUCACUGAAUUUGUCCCACACAGCACCUUUGUGGACAUAUCAGAUAACAGACUAACAAACAUGGAGGAUCUUUAUGUCAUUUUAGCUCAUUUGAAUCAGCUCGACAGUUUCUUCUUUGCUGGCAACUUUAUCAAGAUGUGUAAGCCAAGUCAGAACGUUAAGGUUCCUCAUAAUAUUACUUUACGAGUGCUUGAUCUUCACGACAGCUCCCUGCAGGUACUUUGGUCACAGGGGGAAUGUCUGGACCUCUUCCAUCCUCUAGAGAAUUUGCUCGGCCUUAACAUAAGUUAUAACUUACUUGUCACGCUCCCACAUGGGAUUUUCAGCGGUCUUCGCUCAGUCGUUGAAAUGGACCUCUCAUUUAAUGCCUUAACCUACCUUCAGUCAGACAUCUUUCCAGCCAGCCUUAAGGCUCUCCACCUCUCAAACAACUUCCUAGCCACCCCAGACCCUUUGGCUUUCCACUCCAUCAGCCUCCUAGACCUGGCAGAAAAUCGCUUCCAUUGUGAUUGCAACCUGGAGAGUUUCCUGAAAUGGCUUAACGUUACGGAUGUUAUCUUCCUGAGCCCAGUGUUUGAAUUCAAAUGUGAGUUUCCAGCUGAUCUGCGCAACCUUCCGCUGCUGAGUUAUUCCACGACCAUCGAACCGUGUGAGGGAGACGAUGAAAAGCAAAUGCAAGAUGUUAAGUUUGCUCUCUUCAUCUUCUCUGCCUCCCUGGUCUUUACUGUGACAUUAAGCGGGAUCAUUUAUGCCCGUCUCAGAGGGAAAAUAUUCAUCAUCUAUAAAAGGAUCGUUGGCAGGAUUCUCCAAGGCCCCAAGCCGAUUCUUCCUGUUGAUGAGGUCAAGUUUGAUGCCUUCCUCUGCUUCAGUGACAACGACUAUGGUUGGGUGGAAGGUGCGUUGCUGAAGAAACUUGAUAACCAGUUUUCAGAGGAGAACAUCUUACACUGCUGUUUCGAAGCCAGAGACUUCCUGCCAGGUGAGGAUCAUCUGUCCAACAUAAGAGACGCCAUCUGGGAGAGCAGGAAGACAGUCUGCAUUGUCUCAAAGGAGUUUCUUAAAGAUGGUUGGUGUUUGGAGGCCUUCUCUCUGGCUCAGGGUCGGAUGCUGGAGGAGCUGUCGAAUAUCCUCAUCAUGUUGGUGGUUGGGAAGGUGGCUCACUACCAGCUGAUGAAGUACAACGCAGUCAGAGCUUUUGUCCAGAAAAGACAAUAUUUAACCUGGCCAGAAGAUCCUCAAGACCUGGAUUGGUUUUAUGGACACCUCAUCUCACAGAUACUCAAAGACACCAAGCUGAAAAAAACAGUGGAGGAAAACCCUGAACCAGCACAACCUGAUGUUCAGAAGGAGGAGGACGAUGGUGGCCAGGUGGAAAACAUUAAAGAGACCGCCAUGUGAGUUUGGUUAAUCAUGAAAGAGGCAACCAUUCUCCUGAAGAGUCACCAGUGAGAUAUUAACAAGACUAUCAGGCAAGAUGAGGAGCAAGUUCUCUUUUAAAGCUACUGAGCUUUAAUUUUACAUUAAACAUGGACCCAGUGAAAAAAGCUUAGAAGAUCUAGUCCUGGAUAAGAGUGUGAUCUGACACAGAACCUGGUUUAUUUUAGUUAUAUGUCUCACUUACAGUUACAGUAUGAAGAAUUUUUGCACUAAAAUAUCUCCAAGUUUCUGUAGUCAGAGAUAAUCUUUGUUUGAACUAUUAGAAUGUGAUGUGUCUUGUUAUGGUGGCCGAUAUUACAGAGCCAUUGUGACCAACGACUUCUCUAUAAAUGCUCUGAAAAUGAUGGAUGUAACUAGAGUUUGAACUGCCACUGGAAGCUGCUGUUCUGUUGCUGUAUUUAAUGUUUUGUGUCGCUUAUAUGUGAUGGUAAACAAUCAUUCUUUGUCAUCAACUGCAAGUUCAAUCACCCAGGCUCAGCCCUGUAAUGUAAGCCUCCAACGCGGUCAUCAUAUUUUCUGGCAGAAUAACCAGAGUUUCUCCUGAUUUUGGAGUCUGGUUUCAACCAGGAAAUGGAUCUGCUAGAAAAUACACUGAUCCAACACCCCCCUACCCCACUAGAUGUUUCAGGGUUGAGUAGAGACCAGGUCUGCUUCUCAUCUCUCCUCACCUCCACUGUUUACUUACUGUUUUUGAGGAAACAGUUCAAUAAAAAUGGCACUCCACAUAUUUUAUUCAUUAAACAGAAAACCAGAGUUUUUGUUUCAUGGAUGAAUUUCACAUAAUGGCAGAGAAAAGCUGCUAAAAGUGUCCUUCCUGGUUCACUCUGCAAGGGAUCUCAGAGUGAGGGGAACUUUAUCCCUUUAAAGUUCUGUUCUCAGAUAUAUCAGGCACAUCUGUCUGGUCUCUCCAAGCGGAUUAGUACUGUGAAAUUAUAGUCCCCUUCCUGAUUUCUUUUUUAUUUAUUUAUUUUUUGCAUAUUUGUCACACUUUAAUGUUUCAUAUCAUCAAACAAAUUUUGAUUUUAGACAAAGAUAACCUGAGUUAAUACAAAAAGCAGUUUUUAAUUGGUUAUUUCAUUUAUAAUUUUGCCCCUUAGACUUAAUAACCUGUUGUGCCACAGUUGCAAGCAUUUGUAAUAACUGACAGUCUUUCACAUUGCUAUGUCUCUUUCUUAUUGUUGAAUCAUGAACACUGACCUUAACUGAGUCAAAUGAGGCCUGCAGGUCUUUAGAUGCUGUUCUGGGUUCUUUUGUGGACUCCUAGAUGAGUUGUCAUUGUGCUCUUGGAGUCAUUUGAGUAGAAUGAACACUCCAAGUAUUCUCCAUUUGUGGAUGAUGGCCCUCGGCGUGGUUUGCUUGAGUCCGAAAACCAUAGAAAUGGCAUUGUAAUCCUUCCCUUCUGUUCUUGAAUUAUUAUGAAAUUAAACAAAAUAAAAUGUGUUGAUGAUCUACAUUAUCUAAGUGUGACAAAUAUGCAACAAAAAAGAAACGAGAAAGAAAGCAGGAGAGGGUAAAUACUUUUCUCCAAAUUUAGAGUUAAACAAAGAUUUUGCACUCACAAUUACAUUCAGUCCAUUAUAAAAUAAUGGAAAGAAUAUAUUGAGGAGAUAAAAUUAAUAAGUAUAAUAGCCUUGUGUCUUCUAAAUGCCAAGUCUCCACCUGGUGUUCAAAGUCUGAAUUGCAUGCAGUAUCCUAAGUCAACGGAAAUCUUAAACAGGAAAGUAAAGUAAAAAAAAUAAAGUGGAUGUUUUGGCUCCAGCAGUGAGGUUAAUGCCCCAGAAUUACUUAGUUGAUUUUUGAAGAAGAUUGUAGUUUUUGCUUAAAGAUAUAUUUCAGUUUGAAAUCAGAAAGAGUUUCCCUUUUCAAACAGAGAGUACUCUGCUACUGUAAAGCCAAGUCAGUCUGAGUGAAAGCUCAGGUUAGGGAGCUCCUGUAGCGUGGAUUAUCAGCUACAGCACAGUUAUUAUCAGUUUGUUAUCAACCCCUCUGACUGUUGAUAGUUAAAGAUAGUUCAAGCUGGAGUGUCACAUUAGACUAUUUCAUCCUCUAAUCCCUUCUUCUCCACUUUAGUCUGUUGGACUGUUAGCUGAGUGUGACUCCUCAUCUGCUGGUUUCCUUUCACUCCUGCUGUGUCUGCAAACAGGAAGCUACUGGGCAGAGGAAAGCUUCCGUUCUGUUGGCCUUCAUCCGCCCCAGUCUUUAUGAGGCAGCUGUUCAGGACAUUACAGACGGUCUGCAUGCUCCUGCUGCUGAUACACUGGGAGCAGUCCAUUAAUCUGAACACAGAGCAAUAUUAACAGCUGCUGAGCCUCAGCUUUCUGUGCAGGUGUUCAGAUUUUCUCUUUGACUUUUGCUGCAUAUUUCUGGAGGUAUUGUAGAUUCUCCUCCAUGUAUGGUGGCCCAUAAGGACUUUUUUUUCCCCCCCAAGUGUGUUGUGUAAAUAUAUAAGACCUGUAUUUCAGAUUCCUCUUCAUCUCAUUUGUGGAGAACACAGAAGUGCUGAAAAUAUUUCACUGAAAAGAAACAUGUUUCCCUAAAUGCCCUAAAUUAAUAAUAAAUAAUCUAAAUAAAUAGAUUUUUAAAAAGCCCCCCAAAAAUUUCACAGAAUGCAAAUAGAUUUAAAGAAAGAACAAAAAUAUUUAAUAAAAUGCAAAACAUUCUAGGAAUGUUUUAAACCUUUUGGUUUAAAGAAUUCAAUUUCUGAAAUGUUUCUUUUCUGUGCAUUUCACUGAAUAUUUAAGUGUUUAUUAAAUAUUUUGAAGUUUCAGGUAAUAAUUUGUGUUUAAGAAAGAAAUUGUUCUCUGUGAUUUGAAAAACUAUUUUAA